UGGUUUUGUCGUCAACUGUGACUACGCUGCGCUGAGUGAAGAGGCGCUGAGAGUUCUGAGGGAUGUCGUCAAGCCGAGGCCGUACCGACACUUCUUCCUGGAUCAGGACGGGCGAACGAAGGGCAGCACGCGAUGCUCCAGAAAAAUCCGACCGCGAAGCACGCGCUGGGUCACGAUCUCGAGUCGCUGUACUGGCUGCUCAUCUGGCUUUGCUUGCGACACACGGCACAUGGGCU